AUGAAACCAAACUUUGAUCCUGAAGUGGAGGCUAAUGCAGAAGAUGAAUCUGAGGUUUCUUCCAAAGUAUCUAUUCAAGAAGCCUGUAAUGAUUCUUGUUGUGACAACCUCAUUAACAUUUCCAACAUCACAAAUCCAAUAGGGAUUCAUCCUAAUUCAGAAGCUAUUUCACUUGACUCAACUCUCAACUCCAUGAAUAGUGAGCCAGGGGAAAGAGAUUCAAUAGGAUUUUCAUUCUCAAGCAAUGAACCCGCCUCUCAAACUACAGCACCAACCAUUCCACGAGUCUUCCCUUGCAAUUUCUGUCAGCACAAGUACUUCCUUUUUCUAUCUGGACUGACAAAGAAGUUGCAGGAAGAAGUUGAUGAGUUCUCAAAUACUUACUACUUGGACCUUCAUGUUGGAGACAUGAAGCAGGAAAUAGCAUUUGCUACUAGCUAG